CAGUUGACAAAAACUACCAGUGCCAGCCAUGAACUCGAAAGCUCAAAACUUCAACACCAUUCCCUCUCUCACAAAAACCCCGAAUUCAAAUGGCCACGUGUCUCCCAUUCGGCACCAUCCCCUUCCCCCGCCCCGCUAAGAUCACCUGCUCAUCCACGACAGCCCAAUCACAGCUCGCCAAGCAGCACCUCCUCAGCCUCAUCUCCGAUCAGGAUCGAGGCCUCAAGACACAGAACAACCCCGCAAAGCUCACCUCAAUCGUCAGCGCCAUUGACGACUUGGCUGCUCUGGGAAAAGAUAGUAUCACCACCGGCGGGUCACUGUCGGCCACGUGGCGGCUGCUCUGGACCACGGAGAAGGAGCAGCUCUUCAUCAUCCAGAACGCUUCCUUGUUCGGCACGCGAACCGGCGACGUUUUGCAGGUCAUCGAUGUUGAGCAAAGGGUUCUCAACAAUGUCAUCACUUUUCCUCCAGAUGGGGUCUUCUUCGUCCGCUCUGAUAUCGCCGUCGCUUCAAAGCAGAGAGUCAAUUUUAAAUUUACAAGUGCGGUUCUACGAGGGAAGAAUUGGGAGAUUCCAUUGCCACCGUUUGGGCAGGGUUGGUUUGACACUGUGUACCUUGAUGAUGAGAUUCGAGUUGUGAAGGAUAUCAGAGGAGACUAUUUGGUUGUGGACCGUGCUCUCUAUGCUUGGAAAGAAUAAAGAAGAAGUUGUUUGCAACUGACUUCAUUGUUGCUAUUGGUGCGACAUAAUACUGAUGAGACUUGUUGAAUGUGGAGCCUGAGAUAAUCUUGUUUAAAGUCCCACCUCAAAAGCCACUUCCUCACCCAAUAAAAUAAAGAGAAGACUUCAGUGAUGAUGCAAUCGCAGGCAAGAGCAAAAGUGGAUAUGAGGGAUAUGGGGUGGAAAUCACAAUUCUAUGAUUACGCACUAAUAGACGUGCCUGCAAAUUUUGUCUCCCAUGGCUUUGGAUCAUCACUCAUUCACUUAUAAUCAUAUAUACAUAUAUAUUAUGUGGCUUGGGAUUCAGCAAAUCUUGUCUAUGAUUUCCCAUUUCUCCUUUUUCAAAAUUGUACUUGGGUAAGGUGCUGUGAUUUACAACACAACAGCAAAGUGGAUGAAUCUUUUUGGCUUAGAUUUAGCGGCAAAAGGAAAAAGACUAUCAGGGGCACAA